UAUUUUUUUUCAGAUAAAAAAAAUGUCAAAAAGAUGGAAUCGAGGUCUUUAAAAAUAAUCAGAUUGACAAGAAGAUCUGUAUUUGUUAGAAAAUCCUUGUGACGUUUACAAUUUUAAAUAUAAUAGAAAAAAAACUUUCUUUAGUUCCAAAAACUAAAAAAAUCUGAAAUAAAUCUCGCAUUAAAACUGCACUAAUCGAGGCUAACUAUGAACGAACUUAAAUCAGUAAGGUAUAAUUGAAGUGACGGGACGGUACCAGAGACCGGUACAGUUAGUACAGUAAGGUACAAUUGAUGUGACGGGACGGUGCCAGAGACCGGUACAGUUAGUACAGUAAGGUACAAUUGAAGUGACGGGACGGUACCAGAGACCGGUACAGUUAGUACAGUAAGGUACAAUUGAUGUGACGGGACGGUGCCAGAGAUCGGUACAGUUAGUACAGUAAGGUACAAUUGAAGUGACGGGAAGGUGCCAGAGAUCGGUACAGUUAGUACAGGAAGGUACAAUUGAUGUGACGAAACGGUGCCAGAAUCUGUGCAGUACGAUAAGUGAAGCCGAUGCUGAUGUAGUGUACAUUGUAAACUUGAAUCAACAUUAAUAACAACACAAUUGUAUCAAUCAAAGAAUUUCUCCUCUGCAACCUGUCUGAUUGUUCAAAGAGAAUAAAUGAUAUAACUUAACCAUCCUACUCUACUAUCCUGGAAGUGAACCCAACCCACUAGCUCUGUCAAACUGUCCUGUAUAAGAUGACCCACGGAGCGCAGUUCCUGGGUUGCUCUCAGGAUGUUUUCAACGCUAACACUGAACCAAGUGACUUCUGUACACGUGAGAAUUGGCAAACGGCUGUACUGUACUUAGCAGGGGAAAUGGAAACCCUUGGAUUACCCUCACCAUGUACAAAGAAUGAUAGUGAAGACGAACAAGCAAGCUUAGACGUGAUCACGCUUGUCAAUUCAAGCUGGAAGUUGGUCCAACUGUAUCGCGGCUCACUGAGAACAGUUUCUGAAAUGGAAACCUUGGCUCGUAGAACAGCAAGUGACAGAGAUCGUCUAAAGGCGAAUUCUGCGAAACAGCGAGAAACCUUAAUUCAAAGGGAAAGAACGUUGGCCGACAGCUGUGAGAAAGAGAGACAAGCUUCUGAACAAUUAGAAUCUGGAAAUCAGAAACUUAAAGGUGCUAAGGAAGAAGUUCGAAGAUUAAUGUCUGUACUCCUCCAACGAGAAUCUAAAUAUAAUCAUGAAAUAAGAAGAUCAGAACAAGAGAAUUCUAAACUAAAGGAACGGUUGCUCAAGAUUCUGGUAGAGAAGGGUGAAGGGAAGGGUGUAGGGUGGGGUAUGGAGCUGGUGGGCGGGCUACCAGGAAAAGGCGGGGCUAGAGGCAGGUGGGCUACUGAACAGGCAGGGAGGAAAGAGGAAGAAUUAUUCACAAAAAUUAUAGACGAUCUCGCCAAAAAAGAAGAAUUGAAUUCAAAUUACAAUUCAGUAUUGGUUAAAGCCUUAUCCUCCAUCCUUGAAACUCUCCAAGGACUGCUGAGAGAGUUUUGUGUAGAUUUUGAACCAAUCCAUCUACCUCUUGAAGUUAACUGCGAACUACUAGUAGAAAGAGUUAGAUUGUUUUGUGAACUUCUUCACGAGUCCCUGCGUGGAGGAAAGGUUGGAGUGCAAGUUCAAAUCAUGGAGGAGAAAUUAAACCUCUACGAGGAGAAACUUGUUCUCUAUGAGCAGAUUAUACAGAGUUGUGAGACGAGUAAGGAUAAACAAGGUGGAGUGCUCCAGGAGCUAGUAGAGCUACGGAAUCUAACCUUGUCAGGACUAGAGAAAGAGAAAGCAGAGAUAGACCAACAGAGAAGGAUCAUCAACAAGGAGAGAGAGCAGUUAGAGCAGGAGUUUGCAGACUUGGCGUUGGCAAAAGAGCAGCAGAUCAUAGAGGACUUUCAUAACAUUGAGGGGAACGAUUCUGUUCCAGGUAUAUUGCUGUUACCCCGACAAACGGUAGAGCUCCCACCUUCCUGGGCUCUGGGUUCAGUUAUAGUAACUCCCAGUUCUGCCAGAUCUCCAAUUGAAGGACCAGGAACGGUUCUUGGAUAUUCUGCCUCUGUCUCCCGACCAGCGUCAAGACCUAGCUCCAGGCCAGGAUCCCAGCCCGGAAGUAGAUCACAAAGUAUUACAAGAGAUCCAGCUAAACAGGUGAAGGGUAAAAGUCCUGCAGCAUCUCUGAUAAACCGACGAAACAGUCGUCAGUCGGACGGAUUCUCCAGUAUGGGACGGAAAACUCGACCUAAAUCUGCAAAUAUUUCUCCGGUUCGGUCCAGUCGAGAUCUCACAAGUCCUACACAAACCUUUAGAAAGUUUUCAGGGACUGUGUCCCGUAGUCCGAGUAAGUCUAGAGAUGGCUCCGGUACUAGACAGGAUACUGAGGUCUACUCCCGUUCCUUACCCCGGAGUCAACUCAAUCUGAAACCUAAGCGUGGGAGUGGUGUGUGGAGUAAACCUCCUACUCCGGGUCCAUAUUGUAGUCCAGGGACCAGUGAUUCAGAGCUAGGGUUCAACAAAUAAUAUUCAUUUAUGUUAUUUUGUGUGCAUAUUUAUUGUAUUUAAUAUUAAUAUCCUAAAACCAAA